CAAACAAGCAUGAUAACAAAUCGUAUAAAAUACCCAAAUAGGACGAGCUAUUUUUAUUGGUACUUGUAUUAAGUCAGUAGAUGUAUUUGUAGUGUUGAACGCUGCUCUAUUUAUUUUGAGUGCCUAAACCAAUUCCGCGAUUUAGUUACCUAUCGUUGAUAUUUUUUGAAAAAUGAAAAUGACUAGUUUCAAAACUUUAAUAUUUUGUGCUUUUAUUCUGCUCGUUUAUGUAUCGAAAGGAAAUGGUUUACAAUGUUGGAGCUGUAAUUCACAAGCCGAAGGAGAAGGGGCUUGCGACCAUGCCAGAAAGUCGGAAACUUUUACUGCUGAUAUGCUGAAUAGGCCAAUAUGUGUGUCAGCGAAAUUCGCGUUCAAGAAUGAUUCUUCAAAGACGUACUUUUUCCGAUCCAUCUUCCAAGCCUCUAAAUCAAUUCAGUUUCCAGCCGACGACUGUGUAAAUGAAGCUUUUGUGCGCGAAGUCUAUGGAGAACGCGCUAAAUACAUAAACUUGCAGCAGUGUCAAACCUGUUACGAAGAUUUUUGCAACGUGGCAGUAAGAGGACAAACAUGUAUUCUCGUAAUGAUCGCAGGAAUAAUUAUAAGUUUGAGUUUUUAUAUGUGAAAUUCAAUCUUUGUAAAAGAUGAUUGGAUAUUAAAUAUUAAGGGUAAAGGCACCAAAUAUGGACCACUUUUUUUUGGAGGAUUGCCACUUGAAAACUAUAGGAGGUAGAAACCUCCACAAAGGCUUAAAAUGAAGUUCCAUCCUUCCACCAACACUGUACAAAACUUCAGGGGUGAAGGUCAACUUUAAGUAUGUUUUUUUUAUUGUUGAGUGAUGAGUGUCAAAAUGACAGUUCGAAAUUUUGGACGCCUAAUAUGGACCACCCAUAAAAUUUCAAAAUAAACAUACUUUCACAUUUUUCAAAAGGUCAUAUUUAUUUGUAGAAAUGAACAAAAAAACUUAUUCUAAGCAGUUCAGAUAAUUUUGAAUAUUUUUUUCAAAUUGUUGAAUGACGAGUGUCAAAAUAACAGUUCAAAAUUUUGGACGUCUAAUAUGGACCACCUAAAGAAUAAUUUCAAAAUAAACAUAUUUUUACGUUUCAAAACAUCAUAUUUAUUAGUAGAAAUGAACAAAAAAAAGUAUUUCAAGCAUUCCCCUUUUCAGCGGCUGUAAAAAAUGAGUAAAAAAUUCAAUAUCACAGGUGGUCCAUAUUAGCGCACCCCAUAAAAAAAAACUUUGCACCAAAAAUUUCUGUACAUACGCUCAUUUUUAGCAAAAACUGAUCACUCCAGCAGAAACUACAUCCUUUUUUGAUAUUAUAAACAUCAAUGCCAUUUAGAAAAUUACACCACAUAUAUAUUUUAAUAAAAGUUGAAAAACACACUGAAAAAAUUUUUCAGUGUCUCAAAACAGUUUUUUGUAAAUUUCUCAGCGAGUUUUGACUUUACAGUUGUAAUUUUUGUCUCAUUCGUUUUUUUGAUGAAAAAUACAUCAGAAUACAUUUUUUCCUGACAGAUUGCGCUAAUUACCAAUGAGAAGGGGCGCUGGUCCAUAUUGCGGACUGGUCCAUAAUUGGUGCCCUUACCCUUACCCACCUAUAGCGACAGUAUCUUUUUUUUUUUCUAAGACUUUCGUAUUUUGUGUUUUCAUUUUGAUGAUUCUUGUGUCAACAAAUAAAUAAGGUAUGUACCUUAUACCUAGGCACCUGCUUACUCAUCAUUCACAAAAAUAAGCGUUAUAUGUGCUUACAUGACAUUCUGUUUAAAAAAAUUUAAGAAAAGUGCUAAAAUCUCUCCUCCCAGAUGGAAAAAAAUGAUGAAAUGAAAUUCAAUUUGUUCUACAAUUUUCCAUUUUAACGUAACUUAAGAAUUCUUUCGAAUAAUAUCCUUUCGUAUGGAGCCCUUAACGAGUAGAUACUUACUGAUAUUAACGAAAAAAAUGAAAUGCAUAAAUCGAAACCAUGUCAGAAUUCAUCUAAGUAGGUAACACUUUUUUCCUAGAAAAAAUCUUUCCCAUCUUCAAAACAAUUUUGGUCCCCUUAUAAGUACUACUUAAGUAGGUAUCGUAAAGAUGAAAACUACCAAAAGUUAGGGAAAGCAAUAAAAACAACAAAAUGUUGCAUACUCGAAAAAAACUAUGUUUUAUUUAGUGAGUAGAAUCCUCAAAGUUGAAAAAAAAAUCAAUACCUAAAGAUUUUCCAAUUGAAAUAGUCCAAAUCACAGGAUUGAAAAAGAAUGGAAAAUUUCGCUUUUUUAAAUUUUUUUAGAACUUGCAUGGAGGGUUUUUUUCGGUAUCACUUGAUUUUGAGUUGAUUACCUAAAAUUUUUAGGCAUUUUUUUUUGUUCUCAUUGAAAAAAAAGGUACAAAAAAAUGCAAAAAAUAUCUCCAUUAUAUCUUAGACGUUUUCAAAUUUAUCUACCUAAGUACGUAUUGAUUGAUGAAAUAUGAAAUAAAUAAAUGCAUUUUUUUUUUUAUAGACUUUUGGUGUUUGAAACCCACAAGAGAAGAGGCAAUAAUGAGUAGGGCACUACACAACAUGGGUAUACUCAUCCACCAUUUUGUUCCUGGUCAAAAAAUUUAUCUUUUUUCCAAUUUAUAGUUUUUAUGAUCGAAUUUCUGGAAUAGAAUGACAGAAAUGGUUAAAUAACGGCACUUGCUUUGAAUUUAAACCAAUUUCACACAAUUUUCAACUCGAAAAUACAUACAUGUUGAAAAAAAAGCUAAAAUUAAAAAAAAAUUAAUGGUCUUCUAUUGGCAUAUGUUGCAUAUCGUUGGAAAGCUCUUUCAAUUUUCUUCCAAAGACGUUCUUACAAAAAAGUUGUAAAAGUUCACGGUUUUGAAGAUAAACGCAGUUAAAUGUUGCUCAAUUCCCAUAUGCUGCAAUGCAUUGGUUCGUCAAACCAGGAACAAAAUGGUGGAUGAGUAUACCCAUGUUGUGUAGUGCCCUAGAAUGAGUUGUGAGGUGGAAGUACUACAAUAUAAGCGAAGACAUAACCAUUUAUUUACCUACAUUUUGGUGAGAGGACAAAAAAUUGUUAAAAAUAAUUCGUUAUUUUUUAUACUUUCACCAAAUCCAAAAUUUAUACCGAGCGGUCCUAUAACAUGAGUAUAAAAAAAAACAUUUGAAAAAAUUUGAAGGAUCCAAUUUAUCUAUUCAAAAUUUUUCCAUAUCUGCGUUAGAACUCUUUUUAAUUUCGAAAAAAAAAAAAAAAAAAAAAAAAAACUCAUUCGGUUAACCAUUCAUUUUGACUCUCUUUUAGAGUCUUCAAGUCGAAAUGUUUUUUUUUUAAUGAAUUAAGGGAGCCUCAUACUGAGUGACCAAUAUUGUUGGGAACCAAAGGUGAAAGGUUUGAAAAAAUUGUUAAAAGAUUUUCCCAGACUUCCAUUUUUUAUUUGAUUUUUUUUUUUCAAUUUCAUGCUCUAUAAAAGGACCAUAUAUUAGCCUAAUACUGAAUGCUUGGGAAGACCAAAGAAAGUUUUUAAUGCAGGAAUAGAAAGUUUGAAAAUGGAAUUCGAAGGAAUAUCUACCCGUGAUAAAAAUAGGUACUUGAAUGUUGUUUUUUCAGUUCUUCCGAAGAAUAUUUCUCUAUUCUUCGAAAAUCAAAAAAACAUGGAUGUAAAUUUCUCAAAAAUUAAAACGAUAUUAAAUAAGAUCAGACACUUGGCAUGUGGCUAAUGGAUGUAAGUUACUCGUUUUGUGCCCAAAAAGCAUGCCUAUAACUCAGGCAGUGAACAUGUUUCAAGGCGGAAUUCAAUUAUGCAAUCUUAAUAUGCACUUAUUUUGUUUUUAUUACAACCAUUUUUGGUUCGCCAACUUCGCUGUUUAGUGUUUUAUCAUUUUGUUUUUCAAAUUGAAAUUACGAUUAUUGAUAGUAGGUACAUAUCAUCCCUACAUCCGCAUCGAUAAUAAAUUCAUUCCCAGUCGUUAAAAUUCUUCUGGCAGUCGUAAUUUGAAUUUCUUUGUGUCUUAUUUAUAUGUAUACUUAUAAUUCAUGGUUAUUUCAACCAAAACAAUGUGUAAUUUCAAUAAUUUGAUAUUUUUUGUAUUGGGUUUGUUGAUUUGUGCAUCAACAGGAAAUAGUUUGAAAUGUUAUAAUUGCACGACAUCGGAUGAUAAAUAUGGUUGUGAUCAUCCAAUGGUUGUUGAACGGAAUGAUACGGAAUCUGAAAAACAAGUGUGCCUUACAAUUGAGUUCAUCAGUUCAAAUAGAUACGGUUUGAGAUGCUGGGAAUGCACAUCAGAGCUAACUGCUAAUUGUUUGAAUCCUUCACCAAUCGCCCAAGUCAACAUAAAGGAACGUAAAAAUUCGGAAAACAACAAAUACGUGUGUCGAGUAGUUGAAUAUUACAACAAAAGACAGAAGAAAACACACAUUUCACGGUCGUCUGUUGAAGAAAAAGACAGAAGUAACAAUGACGCAUGUUCUAAAACUCGUCUAGCAUUUUAUGCUCAAGUUGAUAAAUGCCGGACCUGCACUGAAGAUUUAUGCACCUAAUUUCGAAUAAUUUUUGUACUCGAACUGGAUUUCUUGCGCACUUUAUUGUUUCAACCUUCAAAGUAAUUUUAGGCCGCUUACAUUUUAUGCUUUUUAAUUUAUAUUGAUAACUAAAAAACGAAGCAUAAGGUGUUCAUUUUUUCAUCAUCUAUCAAUUCUAGUAAUAUUAGUGUAUUUUGUAAAAUUCGUAAAUGAGUACCUAAGUAUACAAUAGUUGUAUGAGAUUUAAUUCCUGUAAACAGCUAAAUUCAAAGAAUUAGUUAAAAAUAAUUUUUAUAACCAUCUGUCUGAUUUUAUUUUUUUGAAAUUUGAUAAUUUUAAUUGGAAACACAACUUUCCCAACUUACAUGGUAUUUUCAUCCGAAAAAAAAUUCAUAAAAUUAUAUUUCUUAUCACCGGAAACGUCUGAAUCUUUUAUCUACUCGUACUUAUAGUCAGUUAUGCUGUACAAUAGAAUGAUAAAUCUACCUACCUGUCAUUACAAUUAUCGAAAAAGCUCGAAUCACUCACUCACUGACCUUACCUCAUUAAAAUGAGUGAUUCAAUGCUUUUAGGGGAACCAAAUUCAAUAUUCCGAGGCUUCGCGUCGUAAUUGAAUCAUUACUAAUUUCUGAUAAUCAUAUUUUUUUCUGAAAAAGAGGUAACAAGCGAUUGCAAAAAAAAAAUAGAUAAAAUAUCGUAUAAAAUGUCCAAAAAAGCAGAGCUAUUUUUUAUUUGUAAGCCAGUAGACUUGUAUAGUCUUAUAUCCUUACGCUGCUCUAUUUAUUUUCGAUGCUGAAAUCAGUUCUUUGAUUUAUCGUUGAUGUUUCUUGAAGUAUGAAAAUGACUAGUUUCAAAACUUUAAUAUUUUGUGCUUUUAUUCUGUUGAUUUAUUUAUCAAAAGGAAGUGGUAUACAAUGUUGGAAAUGUCACACGAGAACCGAAGGAGAUGGGGCUUGCGAUGAUCCCCAAAAAACGGAAGGUACUCCUGAUGCUUGGUAUCAUAGUACAGUAUGUGUAUCAUUGAAAUACUCGUUAAAGGAUGAUCCUUCAAGAAAAGAGUACUUUUACCAAAAUGUCUACCAUGCUCCCAGCUAUUUGCAUCCUUCCAACGACACCUGUGCUACGCAUCCCGCUUAUUUACCAAGUAAAGAUAUUAUCGUGGACCAUUGUCAAGUCUGUUACCAAGAUUUAUGCAACCUGCGAAUAAGAGGACUAUCAGGAACGGAAUUACAAUGUUGGGACUGUGACUCGGGAGCACAUGGAGAUGAGGAUUGCGACCAUCCCACAAAAUCGAAAAUUAUGGCUGCUGAUUGGAAUAAUAGGCCAGUGUGUUUAUCAGCGAAUUACUCGUUAAAGAAUGACGAGUCAGAUUCUUCAAGAAAACAGUAUUAUUACCGAACUAUCUUCAGGGCCCCCCGUGAAAUGGAGUUCCCAGCCGACGACUGUGCAAAUCAUGUAUUUUCCAAGUUUGAAAUGAAUCCAAAUGUUGGCGUACGAAUAGACACAUGUCAAGUCUGUUACAAAGAUUUAUGCAAUCAAGUCCGUUACAAAGAUUUAUACAAUCUGGCAGUAAGAGGACAAUCAGGUAUUCUCGUAAUCAUUGCAGGAAUGUUUAUAAGUUGGAGUUUUCAUAAGAUUCGACAUUUGUGAAAGAUAAUUGGUAAUUAAUACAUACCUACUGACAGUGUGUUUGUACCAUGUUAAGUCUUUUUUUUUUUAAAGACUGGCGUAUUUUGUGCUUUUCUUUUGCUGAUUCUUGUGUCAAAAUAUAAGGCAUGUAUACCGGUA